CAAACCAGGAACCGCUCCCAAAAAAAGACCACAGGGCGAUCCCUGUCGCCAAACUAUAGCGGCCAGCCGCCGGUCCCUGCCUUCUCCAUCGGCCGCUCGGCUGACGGGAGGGGGUGGGGACCCCGGAGUAGCGUCUCCGGCCAGUAGUUAGGGUUGGCCAAGUGUUUUCUUGGGGCCUGUUCUAUGGAGGAGAUUGUGUCGCGUCAAAAUAAUUUUCCUCUUCUCUUUCUCCAUCUCGGUGUCGCUCUAACCGGUGACGUCGGAGGGCAGGUGGCCUGGUCUUCUCGACGGUCUUCGGAUCUGGUGGUUGGCGUUCGACACUCUCGCGGGUGACGGUUGCGUUGGCUGCAGCAGUUAUGUCUGGCGUCUUGCAGUUGGGUGUGAGGAUGACGGCAGGCGUCAGUGUUUGUCUUCUUCGACUGAGUCUGGAGAAGAUGACGGUGUUGGGAUCUGGUGACCACGGGGAAGAUCCCCGGCCAACGUGCCACAAAGUCUCCGGCUCGUCCUCUGCGACGACCCUGUUCAUCGGCUCAAAAAGCAUCAUUGAAUGCGAUGGUACUCUCACAGAUCAAGGUGUGGUGGUUGUUCCCCUCUUUUUCCAGCGCUACCAUGGUGGCGGUGGAGGAAGAUGGAUGAUGUUUCAGCGAGACAUAUAUUUCUCUAAGGGCGAAUUGGUAGUUUUACUUCUUGUGAGUUUCCUUGUGUAAAGUUGCUUGACGCAAAUAUUUGUCUUGUGGGGUGACUACAUGUAUAUGCGUAGUCUAUGGUUACAAAAAAAAAAAAAAAAACAGCAAACUUGUGUCAAAAACAGCAAAAUUUCCAGCGGUAGCGAAGGGUUUCCCUAAAGGCCUUCGCCCUUGCGAGAGUUGCGACAAAGCGACGACCAACACUAGCGCGGUUUCCAUGGAUCGCCACCGCCGCCGCCGCCUUGAAGCGUCCCCCGUCUUGCCGGGCCCGGCGCAUGCCGCCCCGCUGGACGACGACGACCUCCUCCUCGAGAUCCUCCUCCGCCUCCCCCCGCAGCCGACCUCCCUCCUCCGCGCCUCCGUCGUCUGCAAGCGCUGGCGCCGCCUCGUCUCCGACCCCGGCUUCCUCCGCCGCUUCCGCGCGCACCACCGGAAGCCGCCGCUCCUCGGCUUCAUCUCCCUCGAAGGAUACGGCCCCCUUUACCGCUUCACUCCCACGCUGGACCCGCCCGACCGCAUACCCGCCGCGCGCUUCUCCCUGACGCAGCGCCCCGGCGAGUGCUUGCACUUGGUGGAUUGCCGCCACGGCCUCGCCCUUUUCCUCAACAAGAAGCUUCCGGAGGCCCUCGUGUGGAACCCAAUCUCCGGUGAGCAACGCAGAGUUGCUCUUCCGCCCGAGUUCGACAACACCGUACAAGGCGACGUCAGGUGCGCGGCGGUGCUCUGCGCUGCCGGCGAUGACGACCCUAACCAUGUGCACGGUGAUUGCGACUUGAGCUCCUAUAAAUUGGCCUUGGUGCGCGGUGGCCAACGUCACACACGCGUAUUCGCUUGCCUCUACAAAUCAAAGUCUGCCUUAUGGGGAAAUCUUAUCUCAACGACGACAAUUACAGAUAGGUUGCACAAUUGGGGAAGAGGGAGUGUCUUGAUUAGGAACACACUUUGCUGGAUGAUUAGCGAGGAAGGUGACACACUUCAGCUUGAUUCUGAUGCGCAGAAGCUUGUUGUAAUCGAGAAGCCAGUGUACCGCUGUACCGGCGACUUUUCUUCCGAGAUCAUACGGACAGCGGAAGGUAGUCUUGGACUCGUUGUUUUUACAGAACUGAGCAUGCUGUUAUGGGUCUAUUCGGAUGAGGUUGGCAGAUGGGUCCCUCAGGAAACCAUUGAACUGGCUAGUCACCUUUCGCCAGGAGUGCCCGUCGAGGACAUCUGGCCAUUGAUACUGGGGUACGAUGAGGAUCACAAUGUGAUACUUCUACGGAUUUCUAUUGGUUUAUUCAUGAUCCAACUCGACUCAAUGCGGUUCAAGGAGAUUUUUGGAACCAAUUUCAUUACCUCCUAUUUUCCCUACACAAGCUAUUAUGCUUCAGACUUGGCAACUAGUGGCACAGAUGCUGAACCUGGAAUAUCAAGAAGUACAUGACCUGAUUAUCCCAUUUGAUAAGCUACUAUGACAUGUUAAUUGAACAGGUGCCUUGAGCGUCGUCGACCAUUUUGAAAUGCUGUUAAACCUGAAAUUCAGAAAAGUGUGUAGUUGCUACCUAAAUUCAGGUAUCUGGAUUUGAACUAAAAAUUGUGGGUCGUAUUCGGUCAUCAUAUGAAGGUAAUGGCAGGUGCUGAUCCAACAUUCGGUGAACUAUUGGCUACUAGUACUAUCUGAAUUCAGGUAUCUAAACUUUGUAUACCACAUAUUAUAUUAUUUUCAGAACACACAUCAACAUUGGUAUAGUUGAAACAAUCGAGAGAAAAGGAGCAGAGACCUAUGAACGAACCCUACUUCACAAACAAAAAAUUCAACUUCUAUCCAGAAAACAAAACAGUAAUUAAUAUCAUGUCACCACCCAAUUAUCCAUGCUCUACGUAUGAGGCUUAUUCAUAAAUUCUUCUAAUAUCUCCAAUACUGACAGCUUGGAAUGUGCAAACAUCACUGGGAGUAGGCCUUGCCAGGUAGAGCCACUGGCCUGAGCUCCCCGCCACGGAGGAAG